UCAUGGGGCCCCCGGGCAAUAGGGGAUCAUGGGGCCCCUGUGUCCUUGCCCAAACUCAAAAAACCUAUGAAAAAGGAACCAGGGGCAUCUCAUGGGGCCCCCUACUGACCCCGGGCCCUCGGGCAGUGCCCGAGUUUCCAAAUGGUCAGUCCGCCCCUGUAUAUGCCCCUGCCUUGGUAAGAACAGUACUGUGCUGUCAUUCACAAUUCAGUCUAGGUUUAAAGUUAUAUCUGCAUGACCAACACUGAAAUCUAGGUUCAUAGAUGAUACUUGAGAGUUCUACAACAGGAAAUGUGAUGU